AUGUCUUUGAGGAGUAGCAUCGUGGCCAUGUGCCUUGCCCUGGCACCCGUCUACGCCGCCAACCCCAUGACCUGCGAGUGCCCUGCCAGCGGAGCUUCCACCAACAGCGUCGUCACCGUGACCGAGACGCGCACCGCAACCAACGACCCGCCCGUCUCUACCGUCAUCCAGACGGUCACCAAGCCUGCCGACAACAACAACGGCGGCGGCGGCGGCAACACCAACGUCCACACCGUCACUGUCAGCAACGUUGUCACCGAGACCCAGACGGCCGUCGUCACCGUCACGCAGACUGCUCCUCCUGUCGGCGGCGGCGUCAAAAUCGUCACCGUGACGGUCACGAACACCUAUACCAAGGCCGGCGAGCCCUCCACCGUCUACCAGACCGUCACCAACACCGGCGGCGGCGACAACACCAACACCAACAGCGCCUCCAUGACGCCGCCAGUCACCAAGCCCCAGGACACCAGCUCCCCCACCGGCGGCAACAGCAACAGCAACAACCCGGCCACCACCACCGACUGCCCUCCCGAGGGUCCCGGCACCACCGUGGACAUCACCAUGACCACCAAGGCGCCCCCGACCACGAUCGGCGACAACGGCGGCUACCCGACCACCACCGCGAGCGACCACCCCUUCACCUGCCACCACAACGGCACGUGCUACAACCACAGCGGCAAGCCCAUCACCAACAUCGUCACCUUCACCCAGACCGGCGACCUGUGCGGCGUCUCGACCCUGCUCGAGACCGUCUACAACACAAUCACCGCCACCGUCGUCGUCACCGCCGACCAGCCCGCCCCCUCGUCCGGCUUUGGCGGCAACUCGACUGUCAACGGCACCUCGACGGAGGAGGGCGUCUCCCGCCUCAGGGCACGUAAGCUCCUCGACGUCAACGCCGCUGGCCAUGUUGUCCGGAGGAAGUACUGA